AUGACUACGAUAUUACUACGUAGUACUAUAACCGCAAAAAGUACAAAAGCUAAAAAUGAUGAUAAUGUAACAAAUGUUAGAGUAAAAAGGCAAUAUAAUCAAUAUCCUUAUGACACACGACAACGAUAUCCGCAACCUCCUCAACCUCCACCAAGACAAUCUCCACCGAAUGAUCCUGAUGAAACAUAUAUUCAAGGUUCGGAAUGUAAAGGUUGUGGUCCACGACGAGAUUGUCAAUGUCCUGGAAAGGGUGCUAUGGGUAUUACUGGUCCACAGGGUUUUCCAGGUAUACCAGGUGAUCGUGGUGUAAAAGGUCCAGUAGGACGAGCAGGUAGUCUAGGUCUUUCUGGUGAAAAAGGUGAUCGUGGUCAGUAUGGUAACAAAGGAGAACGAGGCGAUGAUGGAUUAUUGCCUAUUGAUGGUCAAAAUGGUUUUCCUGGACAAUCUGGUGCUAUAGGUCCACGUGGUAUUCCUGGUGUACCAGGCUGUAAUGGAAGCAAGGGUGAAGCCGGUGAAGAUGGCCGUAUGGGAUUAGAUGGCUUACCGGGUGCAGCUGGUACACCAGGUCGAAUUGGUGAACAAGGUGAACCAGGUGAUGCAACAGGCCUUAACGGUAUUGUAUCAGGACCACGUGGUGAUCCUGGUCCAGCUGGCCGUCCAGGUGUUCCCGGCUGGCCUGGUCCACCCGGUGCACCAGGUUUAUCAGGCUCAUCAGGAACACCAGGACCAAAUGGCUUACCAGGACCAAGAGGAGAUCCCGGUUUGCCAGGUCCCGAUGGACCAACAAGUUACGGUAACAAAGGUCAACGAGGUGAACCAGGUGACAAUGCUCCUACACCAGUCGAUACAGUUUCAUAUGGUCGUUUACGAGGUAUUACAAAUGUCAAUGGACCACCAGGACUACGUGGUCCAGAUGGUGAUCGUGGUUAUAGAGGAGACCGUGGUCAACCUGGUUAUCUGGGUAUUGAUGGUUUACAAGGAUCUAAAGGAGAAAAAGGUGAUAUUGGCUCACCUGGAUCACAAGGUAAACUGGGUAAAGAAGGUCCUGCUGGUCCAUAUGGUAUCAAAGGCGCAUCCGGACCACCAGGCCCACCUGGAAGUGAUGGUUUCCCUGGUGACCCUGGCCAAAAUGGAUAUCCUGGUUCCAAAGGUCAACGUGGUGACCAUGGUCCAGCUGGUCCAAAUACUUAUGGUAGCAGACGAUCUCGACCACUUCCUGGACCACCUGGUUAUCCUGGAAUGACAGGUGAAGCAGGACCAAAUGGUUAUCCUGGAUCUCCUGGUUUUCCUGGUCGAGAAGGUAUUAAAGGUGACCGGGGUGAUUAUGGUUCACCUGGUAGACCUGGCCCUAUGGGAGAAACAGCUGAUGCAGAAAAAGGAGAUCGAGGCUUAGAUGGACUACCUGGUAGAUCUGGCCCACCUGGACCUGCUGGCAUGCCGGGAGACAAAGGUGGAAUUGGUGAAAAAGGAUUUGUUGGUGAAGAAACAUAUGGACCACGUGGUAACAAUGGUAUUCCUGGUCGCACCGGAUAUCCCGGAUUACCAGGACUAUCAGGAGAUGUUGGUGAACCAGGUCUACCAGGUCUACCUGCUGAACCAGGCUUUAUAGGUUAUCAAGGAUAUGGUCCACCGGGUCCACAAGGAUAUCCAGGUCGAUCAGGACCACCUGGCGCACCGGGUUUUCCAGGUAUUCCUGGAUUAAAAGGUGAUGGUGGUGAACCUGGUGGUUGUGGAUUUUGUCCACCGGCUGUUUCUGGUCUUCAAGGAGAUCGUGGUACUCAAGGUUAUCGUGGACGACCAGGCUUACAUGGCGCACCCGGAUUUCGAGGUGAAAAAGGUGAUGGUGGACCAAGUGGAGCACCUGGUCCUGAUGGUUUACCCGGACCUAAUGGCCUUCCUGGUCGAGAUGGGUAUCCAGGUUUACGAGGACGUAAAGGUGAACCAGGUGAACUCAUUGGUGUUGAUGGUAUUAAAGGUCGUCGAGGUAUGCCUGGUGAAUCUGGAGGAAAAGGUUAUCUUGGUGAUGUUGGUGAACCUGGCGUAAAUGGACGUGAUGGUUAUGAUGGUAUUCCAGGUGCACCUGGUGCACGAGGUUCCUCAGGUGAUGCUGGACGAGACGGUACUCCAGGUGUUUCAGGACCUAAAGGUCCACAAGGUCAACCUGGUCCACCUGGUCAAGUAUUUUCACGUGGAGAACGUGGUCCACAAGGUGAAAGUGGACCACAAGGUAAAACUGGACGACCUGGUAUGCCUGGUCCACCUGGUGAAGAUGCACCAAUGCUACUGGUUACACCAGGACCACCAGGCAUUAGAGGAUAUCGGGGUGAUAGCGGUUCUGCUGGUCAACCUGGUAUUCCUGGAUUACCUGGACGAGAUGGUAUACCAGGUGCAAAUGGUUAUCCUGGUCCUAAGGGUGAAGAUGGUCGGCCUGGAUUUCCUGGAUUACCAGGUGAAAAUGGUGUCAAAGGUUAUCCGGGUAUGGAUGGACGACCUGGAAUUGAUGGACGACCUGGUCUUCCUGGCAUGAAUGGACAAGCUGGUCUUCCUGGGCUAGCUGGAGCUAAAGGUCAACGAGGUGAAACUGCUAUUGCAACAACUUCUGGACCACCUGGCAGUGCAGGUCCAAAAGGUAUUACUGGUCCACGUGGUUUACCUGGUCUAUCAGGACAACGCGGUGCACCUGGCCCACGUGGUUUAUCAGGCAACCCAGGCUUAAAUGGUCUUCCUGGACAAGCAGGUUCAAAAGGACCUAAAGGAGAUCGAGGUGGUUCUGCACCUAGUUUAUGGGGUGACGCUGGUUUGCCUGGUGUUCGUGGUCGACCUGGAACUCCUGGAAGUGCUGGAGCUCCAGGUAAUCCUGGCCUUGCUGGUUAUCGUGGUUUACCGGGUGAUGCAGGUCGAGCGGGUCAAAAUGGUUUACCUGGCUUUCAAGGCAAACCAGGCGAACGUGGUGACAAUGGACUUGACGGUUUCCCAGGUUUGAUUGGAAUGAAAGGUCGCCCUGGCGUACCUGGUGAACGCGGUAUUCCUGGUGGCGCAGGUGUAAAUGGACUUCCUGGUUUUCCUGGUCCUAAAGGGCUUACAGGCGAUGUUGGAGAACCCGGUCUUGGCGGUGGACGUAGUCAACCAGGUCAAAAAGGAGAAAUGGGUGAAACUGGUGAAGUUGGUCUACCGGGUAUUAAAGGUCUACCAGGAGAUUCUGGUACAUAUGGUUCUAAAGGACUUCCAGGAGAUGUUGGAUUUCCAGGUCUACCCGGCACUGCUGGUCUACCUGGCCGUGAAGGACGUGCUGGUUUACCAGGUUUGAAAGGUGAAAUAGGCGAUUCAUUUAAAGGCAUUAAUGGUAUACGAGGUGAUCGUGGUUUACCUGGCCUUCCAGGCCUACCAGGUGCUCCAGGUCUUCGUGGAAUGCCUGGACUUCCUGGAGGUAGUGGUUCACGAGGUCUACCAGGACUUGUUGGACUUUCAGGCUUGCCUGGUUUAAACGGUGCACCUGGAUUACCGGGAUUGAAAGGUCCAGUAGGACAGAGUGGACUUCCUGGAGGUGUUGGAGCUGCAGGUGAUCGAGGUUUUGCUGGUCGUCCUGGCUUACCCGGUCUCCCAGGUUUGAAAGGCCCGGCUGGAGAUCGAGGCCGAGAUGGACAAGCUACACGACCAGGAGCAAAAGGAGAAGCAGGUGAUGCUGGUGCACCUGGAUUACCAGGACUUGCUGGAAUGAUUGGUGAUGCUGGUGUUCCAGGUUUCCCAGGCGCUGUUGGUCUACCAGGAACACCAGGUCGUAAUGGUUAUCCUGGUUUACAAGGAGAACGAGGUUUAGGUGGUAUACCAGGAAAAACAGGACGACGAGGCUUACCUGGCCUACCAGGAUCGAAAGGAAAUUCUGGUUUACCCGGCCGUCCUGGUGUUAAAGGUAUCCCAGGUGAUAGUGGUGGUCAAUCUAUGCCAGGUCUUCGUGGUGAUGCUGGUCGUAAUGGCCUUCCAGGUCAGCCAGGUACUCGAGGACCACCUGGAGAAGUUGGUGUACCAGGUCCACCAGGUCCUGAUGGCCGUGGAUCAGCUGGUGAAAGAGGACCAACAGGAGAUCGUGGUUUAGAUGGUACACCCGGCCGACCAGGUUCAAUUGGAUAUUCUGGACGAGAUGGUAAACCAGGUUUAUCUGGUCCUCCUGGCGGACCAGGUCUUCUUGGAAUGAAUGGCCUUCCUGGCGCUCCAGGCCUUCCAGGCCCUAAAGGAUUACCAGGUCAACCGGGUCCAUCCGGAAAUUCAGGAAUUCCCGGUAGACGAGGUGAACCAGGUACACCAGGUUUACCUGGAAUGGCAGGCCGUAAGGGAGAACUGGGUGAUGCAGGUUUACCAGGUGCUAAUGGACUUCCUGGUUUACCUGGUCCUAAAGGAGAAGCAGUUCGUAUAGACGCUAUAGUAGAACCAGGUCGUAAAGGUGAACGUGGUGAUCAGGGACGAGCAGGUGCUAGCGGAUUGCCAGGACAAGUAGGUUUUCCUGGAGCAAAAGGUUUUCCAGGUCAAGUUGGUCUUUCUGGACGUCCAGGUAAUCCAGGUACAUUGGGUGCUCGUGGUUCACUUGGUGAUGGUGGAUUGCCUGGAGCACCCGGUUUACAUGGUCAACCAGGUCCACCAGGUAUUGCUGGUCAACAAGGUCCUCCAGGUGAUAACGGAGAAGGAUCAUUUGUAUUCACACGACAUAGUCAAGAUAAAACAAAUCCAAAUUGUCCACAUUCUACAACAAAAAUGCAAGAUGGUUAUUCAUUUAUGGGUAUGCAAGGUGAUACAUAUGCUGCUCAUCAAGAUCUUGGUGGUUCUGGUAGUUGUUUACGUCGUUUUAGUGCAAUGCCAUUUUUAUUUUGUGAUAUUGGUAAUAUAUGUCAUUACGCAUCACGUAAUGAUUAUUCAUAUUGGUUAUCAACCAAUGAACCAAUGUCAGCCAGUAUGGCACCAUUUGAAACAAAGGAUAUACCAAAUCAUUUAAGUCGUUGUGUUGUUUGUGAAUCACCUACACCUGUAUUUGCCAUUCAUAGUCAAUCACAACGUGUACCUGCAUGUCCUGAAGGAUAUGAUCUUUUAUGGAGUGGAUAUAGUUUUAUAUUUACAUCAGCUGAUGGUGGUCGUGGUGAUCAACAAAGUUUACAAUCACCAGGUUCAUGUCUUGAAAAAUAUCAUGAUCGACCAUAUUUCCAUUGCAAAGAUCAUUCACAUUGCAAUUAUUAUCCAAAUAUGAUGACAUUUUAUUUAGCUACAUUAGAUGAAUAUACUGGUUUUGAAAAACCAAAAUUACUUACAUUAAAAUCAGGUACACAAAGACAACAUGUUAGUCGAUGUGCUGUUUGUCAUGCAAAUUUAUUUAAACAAACAGCUAGUGGACCAUCAGCAUUUUUUGCACAAGUGAAAAAAAUUUAA